UUAUUUAUUGACUUAUUUAAAGUAGAUUUCUAUUAUCAUCUACUUGAAAAUAUCCCUAUUGCAUACAGCAGACAAUCACUGAAGCAUUCAAGAAUCUCAUCGAUCUAAGAUAUUGGGAUGUCAUGUCAUAGAUUUCGUUGUUUCUAGCCUGCCGGAAAGCCCCAAGUAAGACGUCUUCAAGUUGAAAAUGAGAGUGGUGAUUGUCCCUGGGAAUGGUGCCGGGGAUGUGGAACGAGCUAAUUGGUAUGGCUGGGCCAAACGAAAGCUGAACCAAUUGGACAAGGUGGAAUGUCUUCUCAAAAAUAUGCCGGAUCCCGUAACAGCCAGAGAGUCAAUAUGGCUUCCUUUCAUGCGUAAUGAACUUCACUGUGAUGAGAACACCAUCAUAAUCGGGCACAGCUCUGGUGCUGCAGCAGCAAUGCGAUUGGCAGAAUCACAAAAGUUGUUUGGAAUCAUCCUUGUGUCUGCUUAUAUAAGUGACAUGGGUGAAGAGAAUGAGAAAGAGAGUGGAUAUUUCAAUCGUCCGUGGGAAUGGGAGAAAAUCAAACAGAACUGUGGAUUUAUUGAACAGUUUGGUUCAACUGAUGACCCAUUUCUUCCAUGGAGUGAGCAGACCACUGUUGCGAAGGAAUUAAAGGCCAAUUUCCAUAAAUAUGACAAUCGAGGACAUUUUAUGAACAGCAGUUUUCCAGAGUUGAUAUCUGCUGUGAAAGCCAAGUUGUCCUGAUUAUUUACCUAUUAGUUGUAUUCAAAUAAAACAAAUUGAAUUUGUU